AUAUCAUCCCUUUUCUUUUCUGUACGUGUGCAAAUAAACAAUUUUUUCCUUCUAUUUUAAUUUUUGAAGAAAAACUAAACAGAGAAGUCGAGGAAAAAUUGCUGUUAGCAGCGGACAGGGGGUGAGCGAGCGGGCCGAGGAUUCAUCUCGUGUCGACGACGCCUUCGCCCUCUCCGAGUCUCCGUCCGUCUUCCGCGUCCUCCGCAGCUGGACUCGUGCGCUAUUCCCCAGGACGCUACUCCCACUAGGGUUUUCGGAUUAGGUUUCUAGAACCUUCCACCGCCGCCUCUCCAUGCACGCGCCGCCGCUGGUCACGUUCGCAGGGGGCGCCUGCCCCACCACCGCCUCCGCUUCGCCGUCGCCCUGGUUGGCCUCGCCGCGGGACGCCAUCUUUGCCGCGCCGGCGAGGCCCCUACGGUCCCGCCGCGGGACACUCCGGCUGGAAGCUAAGGCCGCGUGGAGGGCUGCCGGAGGGGGACGGGGCCCGCGGGUCCCGGCCAAGGGCGCUGUGCUCGCCUCCUAUAUGGGCGCCGAGGAGGUGGUGGGACCAUCGUCGCUGCUUGACGAGGAAGAGUUCAUUUCUCACAUCAGAAAGGAACUGGAUAAUGGAAAACUUCCUGCAGAUGUUGCCAGUAACCUGGAGGAGCUGUAUUAUAAUUACAGGAAUGCGGUUCUGCAAAAUGGAGAUCCAAAUGCAUAUGAGGUCAUGCUUUCAAAUAUGAUGACCUUGUUUGAUCGUGUUCUACUGGAUGUACAGAAUCCAUUUAACUUUCCACCUUAUCAUAAAGCUUUGCGAGAACCGUUCGACUAUUACAUGUUUGGUCAGAACUACAUUAGGCCUCUGGUAGAUUUCAGGAACUCCUAUGUUGGCAACAUUUCCCUUUUCCAUGAUAUCGAAGAGAAUCUCCACCAGGGCCACAAUGUUGUUUUGAUGUCUAACCAUCAGUCAGAAGCAGAUCCAGCAAUUAUUGCCUUGCUUCUUGAAAAAACCAAUCCUUGGAUUAGUGAAAACAUAGUUUAUGUUGCUGGCGAUAGGGUUGUUACCGAUCCGCUUUGCAAGCCAUUUAGCAUGGGAAGAAAUCUCAUUUGCGUGUACUCGAAAAAGCAUAUGAAUGAUUUCCCUGAGCUAAUUGAGAUGAAGAGGAGAUCAAAUACUCGAAGUCUCAAGGAAAUGGCAUUGCUUUUACGUGGUGGUUCACAGUUAAUUUGGAUUGCACCGAGUGGUGGUAGAGACCGCCCAAAUCCCUCAUCAGGAGAAUGGUACCCGGCACCAUUCGAUUCAUCUGCAGUGGACAAUAUGAGGAGGCUUCUGGAGCAUGCUGGUGUUCCUGGGCACAUAUAUCCACUAUCAUUGCUGUGCUAUGAGGUUAUGCCUCCACCACAACAGGUUGAGAAGGAGAUUGGUGAGCAGAGGGUGAUAUCCUUCCAUGGAGCAGGCUUGUCAGUAACUGAAGAAAUAAACUAUGGAGACAUUACUGCUCAUACCAAGAAUGCUGAUGAGGGAAGGGAGCUAUUCACAAAUACCUUGUACAACUCAGUUGUUAACCAGUACAAUGUGCUCAAAUCUGCUAUCUUUAGAGAUCGUGGAGCAGCUGUAUCAAACAAUGUCAUCUCACUGUCACAACCAUGGCGAUGAAUGUUAGCUUUCUCAGUUUUGGUCGACCCUGAUCUGAACUUCAUUUCCUGGUUCUUCUAUUUGCUUGACAAAUACUAGUAUGGUCCAGUUUCGUUACUGAAGUUACCUUUUCAAAAGAGCAGGUGAACUAUCAUUGUGCAAUUUUGCUGGGAGAAACUCUUGAACUUAAAUCUUUUUGAUAUCACUAGACUUCAUCAAUCAUGGUGGAGCCUGUUAUUGUCAUGCAGAUGCUCGCUAAGAAGUCUGCAACUGUUGGUUGGUCAAGGGUGAUUGGCGAUUUUGCACAUACGGAUCCGCAGUUACUGCUGCCUCAGGUUGCUCAGCAAUGUGCUGCUGGUUGGGCACCGAGGAAUCCAUCAGGUUGCAUCCUUUUUGCCCGGACGUCGAUUUGUGCAGUUGAAGUGGUAAACGUUUUUUUAUCUUGUUUCGUCAUCAUGUAUAUACGUAGGCUUGAGUCAUUGUUGGCUCCACAUUUUUUGGAGAUAUAAAUGCGGUAGGAGUUAUGAGAUGUCCACAGUCGGCCCUCCCUUGUUGAAUUCCUUUGGAUGUAUCCUCUCUCUUUCGUACAUGCACUCACUGAAAGUCAAUGCAAAUAUCUCGUGUUUCUAGUA